AUGCUGCAUGUGAGCGUGAGGGCGAGGGGGCGUGUGGGCGGGAGGGCGUGUGGGCGGGAGGGCGUGUGGGCGGGAGGGCGUGUGGGCGGGAGGGCGUGUGGGCGGGAGGGCGUGUGGGCGGGAGGGCGUGUGGGCGGGAGGGCGUGUGGGCGGGAGGGCGUGUGGGCGGGAGGGCGUGUGGGCGGGAGGGCGUGUGGGCGGGAGGGCGUGUGGGCGGGAGGGCGUGUGGGCGGGAGGGCGUGUGGGCGGGAGGGCGUGUGGGCGGGAGGGCGUGUGGGCGGGAGGGCGUGUGGGCGGGAGGGCGUGUGGGCGGGAGGGCGUGUGGGCGGGAGGGCGUGUGGGCGGGAGGGCGUGUGGGCGGGAGGGCGUGUGGGCGGGAGGGCGUGUGGGCGGGAGGGCGUGUGGGCGGGAGGGCGUGUGGGCGGGAGGGCGUGUGGGCGGGAGGGCGUGUGGGCGGGAGGGCGUGUGGGCGGGAGGGCGUGUGGGCGGGAGGGCGUGUGGGCGGGAGGGCGUGUGGGCGGGAGGGCGUGUGGGCGGGAGGGCGUGUGGGCGGGAGGGCGUGUGGGCGGGAGGGCGUGUGGGCGGGAGGGCGUGUGGGCGGGAGGGCGUGUGGGCGGGAGGGCGUGUGGGCGGGAGGGCGUGUGGGCGGGAGGGCGUGUGGGCGGGAGGGCGUGUGGGCGGGAGGGCGUGUGGGCGGGAGGGCGUGUGGGCGGGAGGGCGUGUGGGCGGGAGGGCGUGUGGGCGGGAGGGCGUGUGGGCGGGAGGGCGUGUGGGCGGGAGGGCGUGUGGGCGGGAGGGCGUGUGGGCGGGAGGGCGUGUGGGCGGGAGGGCGUGUGGGCGGGAGGGCGUGUGGGCGGGAGGGCGUGUGGGCGGGAGGGCGUGUGGGCGGGAGGGCGUGUGGGCGGGAGGGCGUGUGGGCGGGAGGGCGUGUGGGCGGGAGGGCGUGUGGGCGGGAGGGCGUGUGGGCGGGAGGGCGUGUGGGCGGGAGGGCGUGUGGGCGGGAGGGCGUGUGGGCGGGAGGGCGUGUGGGCGGGAGGGCGUGUGGGCGGGAGGGCGUGUGGGCGGGAGGGCGUGUGGGCGGGAGGGCGUGUGGGCGGGAGGGCGUGUGGGCGGGAGGGCGUGUGGGCGGGAGGGCGUGUGGGCGGGAGGGCGUGUGGGCGGGAGGGCGUGUGGGCGGGAGGGCGUGUGGGCGGGAGGGCGUGUGGGCGGGAGGGCGUGUGGGCGGGAGGGCGUGUGGGCGGGAGGGCGUGUGGGCGGGAGGGCGUGUGGGCGGGAGGGCGUGUGGGCGGGAGGGCGUGUGGGCGGGAGGGCGUGUGGGCGGGAGGGCGUGUGGGCGGGAGGGCGUGUGGGCGGGAGGGCGUGUGGGCGGGAGGGCGUGUGGGCGGGAGGGCGUGUGGGCGGGAGGGCGUGUGGGCGGGAGGGCGUGUGGGCGGGAGGGCGUGUGGGCGGGAGGGCGUGUGGGCGGGAGGGCGUGUGGGCGGGAGGGCGUGUGGGCGGGAGGGCGUGUGGGCGGGAGGGCGUGUGGGCGGGAGGGCGUGUGGGCGGGAGGGCGUGUGGGCGGGAGGGCGUGUGGGCGGGAGGGCGUGUGGGCGGGAGGGCGUGUGGGCGGGAGGGCGUGUGGGCGGGAGGGCGUGUGGGCGGGAGGGCGUGUGGGCGGGAGGGCGUGUGGGCGGGAGGGCGUGUGGGCGGGAGGGCGUGUGGGCGGGAGGGCGUGUGGGCGGGAGGGCGUGUGGGCAGGAGGGCGUGUGGGCAGGAGGGCGUGUGGGCAGGAGGGCGUGUGGGCAGGAGGGCGUGUGGGCAGGAGGGCGUGUGGGCAGGAGGGCGUGUGGGCAGGAGGGCGUGUGGGCAGGAGGGCGUGUGGGCAGGAGGGCGUGUGGGCAGGAGGGCGUGUGGGCAGGAGGGCGUGUGGGCAGGAGGGCGUGUGGGCAGGAGGGCGUGUGGGCAGGAGGGCGUGUGGGCAGGAGGGCGUGUGGGCAGGAGGGCGUGUGGGCAGGAGGGCGUGUGGGCAGGAGGGCGUGUGGGCAGGAGGGCGUGUGGGCAGGAGGGCGUGUGGGCAGGAGGGCGUGUGGGCAGGAGGGCGUGUGGGCAGGAGGGCGUGUGGGCAGGAGGGCGUGUGGGCAGGAGGGCGUGUGGGCAGGAGGGCGUGUGGGCAGGAGGGCGUGUGGGCAGGAGGGCGUGUGGGCAGGAGGGCGUGUGGGCAGGAGGGCGUGUGGGCAGGAGGGCGUGUGGGCAGGAGGGCGUGUGGGCAGGAGGGCGUGUGGGCAGGAGGGCGUGUGGGCAGGAGGGCGUGUGGGCAGGAGGGCGUGUGGGCAGGAGGGCGUGUGGGCAGGAGGGCGUGUGGGCAGGAGGGCGUGUGGGCAGGAGGGCGUGUGGGCAGGAGGGCGUGUGGGCAGGAGGGCGUGUGGGCAGGAGGGCGUGUGGGCAGGAGGGCGUGUGGGCAGGAGGGCGUGUGGGCAGGAGGGCGUGUGGGCAGGAGGGCGUGUGGGCAGGAGGGCGUGUGGGCAGGAGGGCGUGUGGGCAGGAGGGCGUGUGGGCAGGAGGGCGUGUGGGCAGGAGGGCGUGUGGGCAGGAGGGCGUGUGGGCAGGAGGGCGUGUGGGCAGGAGGGCGUGUGGGCAGGAGGGCGUGUGGGCAGGAGGGCGUGUGGGCAGGAGGGCGUGUGGGCAGGAGGGCGUGUGGGCAGGAGGGCGUGUGGGCAGGAGGGCGUGUGGGCAGGAGGGCGUGUGGGCAGGAGGGCGUGUGGGCAGGAGGGCGUGUGGGCAGGAGGGCGUGUGGGCAGGAGGGCGUGUGGGCAGGAGGGCGUGUGGGCAGGAGGGCGUGUGGGCAGGAGGGCGUGUGGGCAGGAGGGCGUGUGGGCAGGAGGGCGUGUGGGCAGGAGGGCGUGUGGGCAGGAGGGCGUGUGGGCAGGAGGGCGUGUGGGCAGGAGGGCGUGUGGGCAGGAGGGCGUGUGGGCAGGAGGGCGUGUGGGCAGGAGGGCGUGUGGGCAGGAGGGCGUGUGGGCAGGAGGGCGUGUGGGCAGGAGGGCGUGUGGGCAGGAGGGCGUGUGGGCAGGAGGGCGUGUGGGCAGGAGGGCGUGUGGGCAGGAGGGCGUGUGGGCAGGAGGGCGUGUGGGCAGGAGGGCGUGUGGGCAGGAGGGCGUGUGGGCAGGAGGGCGUGUGGGCAGGAGGGCGUGUGGGCAGGAGGGCGUGUGGGCAGGAGGGCGUGUGGGCAGGAGGGCGUGUGGGCAGGAGGGCGUGUGGGCAGGAGGGCGUGUGGGCAGGAGGGCGUGUGGGCAGGAGGGCGUGUGGGCAGGAGGGCGUGUGGGCAGGAGGGCGUGUGGGCAGGAGGGCGUGUGGGCAGGAGGGCGUGUGGGCAGGAGGGCGUGUGGGCAGGAGGGCGUGUGGGCAGGAGGGCGUGUGGGCAGGAGGGCGUGUGGGCAGGAGGGCGUGUGGGCAGGAGGGCGUGUGGGCAGGAGGGCGUGUGGGCAGGAGGGCGUGUGGGCAGGAGGGCGUGUGGGCAGGAGGGCGUGUGGGCAGGAGGGCGUGUGGGCAGGAGGGCGUGUGGGCAGGAGGGCGUGUGGGCAGGAGGGCGUGUGGGCAGGAGGGCGUGUGGGCAGGAGGGCGUGUGGGCAGGAGGGCGUGUGGGCAGGAGGGCGUGUGGGCAGGAGGGCGUGUGGGCAGGAGGGCGUGUGGGCAGGAGGGCGUGUGGGCAGGAGGGCGUGUGGGCAGGAGGGCGUGUGGGCAGGAGGGCGUGUGGGCAGGAGGGCGUGUGGGCAGGAGGGCGUGUGGGCAGGAGGGCGUGUGGGCAGGAGGGCGUGUGGGCAGGAGGGCGUGUGGGCAGGAGGGCGUGUGGGCAGGAGGGCGUGUGGGCAGGAGGGCGUGUGGGCAGGAGGGCGUGUGGGCAGGAGGGCGUGUGGGCAGGAGGGCGUGUGGGCAGGAGGGCGUGUGGGCAGGAGGGCGUGUGGGCAGGAGGGCGUGUGGGCAGGAGGGCGUGUGGGCAGGAGGGCGUGUGGGCAGGAGGGCGUGUGGGCAGGAGGGCGUGUGGGCAGGAGGGCGUGUGGGCAGGAGGGCGUGUGGGCAGGAGGGCGUGUGGGCAGGAGGGCGUGUGGGCAGGAGGGCGUGUGGGCAGGAGGGCGUGUGGGCAGGAGGGCGUGUGGGCAGGAGGGCGUGUGGGCAGGAGGGCGUGUGGGCAGGAGGGCGUGUGGGCAGGAGGGCGUGUGGGCAGGAGGGCGUGUGGGCAGGAGGGCGUGUGGGCAGGAGGGCGUGUGGGCAGGAGGGCGUGUGGGCAGGAGGGCGUGUGGGCAGGAGGGCGUGUGGGCAGGAGGGCGUGUGGGCAGGAGGGCGUGUGGGCAGGAGGGCGUGUGGGCAGGAGGGCGUGUGGGCAGGAGGGCGUGUGGGCAGGAGGGCGUGUGGGCAGGAGGGCGUGUGGGCAGGAGGGCGUGUGGGCGAGGGGACGUGCAGAGUGGCAACCUGGUGUUGUGUUUGGUACUUCCAAUACAGCGACCCGUCACAUAG